ACAGUUGGAGAUUCUGUCCUAGGGUAUGUUCCAAAAUUUUACUCGCUGGAGAGAGUAACAUGGAGUGUCCAAUCAGAAUUAAGAAAUCUUGAGAAAUCUCGAGAUUUUUUUCAUCCUGAUUGGUUACUCAAAGUUACUCUGCCCGACGAGCAGAAUUUUGGAACGCAUCCCUGGAAGUUCUCUACUGGUGACUGUACAUGACCGAAAGUGGUGACGCUCUGUUUAUAAGAAAUUACAUAAUUAAUUAAACGUGGCGCUGUAGCUCUGUUGGAGCCAGAAAUUCAAAGGCCAAAAAAAAGAAGACAAUACGUAAAAGAGUUCGCCAAUUUUGUGACAAUCGUGAUCCGAUUUGCCGAUUGUAUUUGUUUAUUACAAAAGAGCAGGCAGCACCGAUAGAACAAUUACAUGUGAUUAACGUUGAAGUGAAUGUGACAGUUCGGACAACUGAACUCGGGACUCACAAAACUGGAAUGGAUACUUUCGCGCGGUCUCUCCUAAAAACUCGUGGUUUAUCUGCGUUAUGGCUUCUCCUGUUACUGUCGCCUACCGCUCUCGCUUUGUACAGUAUCGGCGUCGGAAGAGCUGACAGCACAGGACCGACGGCGGGAAUUGUCUUCAUGGGGUAUGCGAAAAUGGAUCAGAAGGGAAAUGGUCUUCAUCUUCGAACGUUUUCUAGAGCCUUCAUAAUUGACGACGGCGUGGAAAGAUUCGUAUUUGUCAGCGUGGACAGUGCUAUGAUAGGCAGUGAUGUCCGACAAGAGGUAUUGCGCAAAUUGAAAACUCAAUUUGGCGACAUGUAUACGGAGAGGAACGUGAUGAUUAGUGGCACGCACACGCACUCAGCCCCCGGUGGCUUCAUGCUACAUGUCCUUUUCGAUUUGACCACGUUUGGCUUCGUCAGAGAAUCAUUCGACGCUAUCGUCAAUGGCAUCGCGAAGAGCAUCCAGCGUGCUCACAAUGCCGUUGUGCCCGGAAGAAUCUUUAUCACUCAGGGACAAGUUUUGGGCGCUAACAUUAAUAGGAGUCCGCAGGCGUAUCUUAAUAAUCCAAAAUCGGAGAGAGAUAAAUAUGAGUAUGACGUAGACAAGACACUAACACAGAUGCGAUUUAUCGGUACUGAUGAUACGCCCUUGGGUGCUAUAAAUUGGUUCGCCGUGCAUCCAACUAGUAUGAAUAACACGAACCACCUGGUCUCCAGCGACAAUGUGGGCUAUGCUUCAAUCCUUUUCGAGAAAAUGAUGAAUAAGAACGCCGCGGUUGGCACAGGUUCGUUCGUAGCUGCCUUUGCCUCGACUAAUCUUGGCGACGUUUCGCCAAAUACACGUGGACCAAAGUGCGAAUUCUCUGGAAAUAACUGCUCUGAUCAAUAUAAGUGCCCUGGAAAGAAGGAAAUGUGCUUCGCCUCAGGUCCUGGAAAGGAUAUGUUUGAGAGCACGAGCAUUAUUGCUCACAAAAUAUACCAAGAGUCCGUGAGAUUAUGGCAAAGUAACCAAGCGGUGGAGGAAGUGUUUGGACCGGUACGAGUGGUUCACCAGUACGUCGACAUGCCGGAACAGUCCGCGGAAUUCUAUAACGAGACAACGGGCAACUUUGAGGAGGUGCACGGAUGUGUACCUGCGAUGGGUUACAGUUUCGCAGCUGGUACGAUUGACGGACCUGGCUCGUUCGCUUUCAAACAAGGAACCACAACGUCCAAUCCCUUUUGGAACGCCGUACAAAAUUUUUGGAUUGCUCCCACGAAAAGCGAUAUUCACUGUCACAGCCCGAAACCUAUUUUGUUAGCCACCGGACGGAUGAAACAACCCUAUCAAUGGCAACCGAACAUCGUCUCGACACAAGUAGCCGUAAUCGGAAACGUUGUCAUUGCCGGCGUGCCCGGUGAAUUCACAACAAUGUCCGGAAGAAGAUUGCGAGAGGCUAUCAAGAAAGUCAUGAACGAUGCGUCCGUCAACGAAACGUUCGUAAUAGUCGCAGGGCUCUGCAAUAUUUACAGUGAUUACAUAACGACGCCCGAGGAGUAUCAAAUACAGAGAUACGAAGGCGCAUCGACGAUUUACGGUCCGCAUACGCUUACAAUAUACUUGAAGCAAUAUCGGGAACUGGUACAGGCAGCUAUUCAAAGUAAACCCGUUCCACCAGGACCACCCGCUCCGAAGUUGCUGGAAAGUAACUUGAUUAGUCUUGUAUCGCCCGUACUCUACGACUUUCCAUCAUGGGGACACAACUUCGGGGAUGUUAUCCAGCAACCGCCAAAAUACGCAUCGCCCGGUGACACAGUUACGGCGAUUUUUGUCGCCGGUCAUCCCCGUAACAAUUUAAUGGUUGAUAGUACGUUCUUAACUGUGGAGCGAUUAGGCAACGAUGAAGUAUGGAUACCGAUCGCUACGGAUGCUGAUUGGGAAACCAAAUUUAUAUGGAGGCGAACUUCCAUGUUACUGAGGUCGAGUCAGGUGACCAUUACGUGGGAAAUCCCACAGGACGUUGAACCGGGCGAAUAUCGUAUCAGACACAAUGGUUAUUAUCGCUACAUCUUUGGUGGCGUGUAUCCUUACUACGGUGUCACCAAUCAUUUUCACCUGAAAGUUCCUGCACUGAACAUCCGUCAACGUUACUAUGGAUGACGACUUGUCAGUAAUCAACUCUCUUGUCCAUUCCCGCAUGCUUUCAUACGUUCGCUAAUUUGCAAUUUAAUUGAAUAGGAUAUUUUAUUUACACAUAUGCAUAUUGAUUUUACGAUUGAAUCAACUCUCUUUUCCUUUCCUGUAUGGUUUUAUAAUCAAGGAAAUUAUUAUGCUUAUUUUACAAGUUGACGGAUGUUCAGUGCAGGAACUUUUAGAUGAAAAUGACUGCGGACCGUAAGGAUAUGCAUAUUGAUUUUACGAAUGAAUCAACUCUCUCAAGAGCCGCCAAAAGUCGCCCGGUGACACAGUUACGACGAUUUUGGUCGCCGGUUAUCCCCGUAACAAUUUAACGGUUGAUAGUACGUUCUUAACUGUGGAGCGAUGAUGAAGUAUGGAUACCGAUCGCCACGGAUGCUAAUUGGGAGACCAAAUUUCACUGGAGGCGAACUUUCGUGAUACUGGGGUCGAGUCAGAUGAUCAUUACGUGGGAAAUUCCUUGUGGAAUUUCCCACGUAAUGUUCACCUGACUCGACCCCAGUACCAUAAAAGUAAUCGUUCCACAGUUAAAAAUGUACUAUCAACCAUUGACGCUAGUGUGUUCUUGUCAUUCGAUUCGCCUCGUCUUUUCCCCGUUAGUUAUUAACAUUUUUGCAUUUUUAUUUAUAAUUUAUCUUGCGUUUAUAUCUCAGCCAAUCUUGUAAUGUGCA